AUCACAGCUCCUCUCUCCAGUGAUGCUGCGAUACCUGUUGAGUGUUGCCAGCUGGUUCGUAAGAGCUAUAAGUUCACUUUUCACAAUCUUGGCCUCCAAUUCAAACCAGAAACUCAGAGAGGAAUUUCUAAACUACAAUCCACAAUCAGGUGGCAUGCGGACUAACGCAUAUCGACCCUUCAAACUAAGUAUUCGGCUGUUCGGCAGAAUGGGGCAUGGGAAAUCAACAUUUAUUAACAACUGCCUGUGUGUGAUCAACGACACCGAGUAUCGUAACGAAGCCGCUGAAGGGGAUCCGCAAGGGAGUUUCACAGUUGAACUAAAGCGAUACCGACUCAGCGAUUAUGUUGAAAUUGUCGACAACAUUGGAGGAAAAUCGUACAGUUCCAAUGAAAUUUACGAAUUCUGCACUCAGUUAGAUGGAUAUCGAAAAGUGGGCAAACAAGUCGGAUCUGGAGGCUGGGGGAGUUAUUUUUGGGACUGCAUGACAUCACGAGAUGCUGACUGGCAAAACAUGAUGUACAUCCCAAUAAUUAUUUACAGAGGAGACUUUCCAUCUUUCGAAAAGGAGAAACCAAUGAUAAAGCCAUUAAUUGACAAUGCACGCAAUAUUACUGGAAUCUGGCCAAUAAUUGUUGUAACUCAUGCAACAGAAAUCGGAAAUUUCAAUGUAAAAGCAAUUUUUCAGUCUUUGCAUUGUCCUGAUGUUUUCCUCCUGAACAACUAUUAUUGCAAGGAUGACCAAAAGGUUCCAGUAGAACGGAAUGAAGAAACCGAUGAAAUGAUACUGAAGAUUCUACUCCAAUGUUUGAAACGUGCAGGAGAGGUAAUGGAAUCAAUCACUACAGCAGACAAACCUGCAAAGUUUAACUGAAUAUACAUAGUUCUGGCAAGGUAAAGGAUUGUAGCUGCAAUUAAUCCAACUUUUAUUUACUUUUUGAAAAUUGUGUUGAAAAUUAAAAGUGUUUCUUUCAAUAGAGCAAUCAUUUCUAAACUCUGUAAUCUGGCUUUUUUGAUGUAGGUUUUCAAAAAUGCUUUUUACUAAUAUUCAAAGAAUAUUUAACAAGAGUAUGAGAAAGAGUAAUUGCCAAAUCUCGUCUUGCAGAAUAAAGUGGAACAACUGGUGUAGGGAACAGUCACACGCGUUAGAUUAGUGAUUGACAGAAAUAAAAACAAUUGAAAACGUUAAGUUCCAAACUGGAAGAGAGCUGGUGGAGAUCUCAGCAGUGAAAGAUGGAACAUAGAUUGACAAGAACUAAUGAAACCAAAUAAUGGCUCUAACAUGGAGAUAAUACAAGUAUAGACUAAGUUGAUUAAAAAAUUAUCAGAAAAGCAGAGACCAAAGCCAAGCUCCAAAAGGAGAAAGAGAAUGUGGUGAAGAAAAAGGGUUAAAUGAUGCAUGUCAGAUAAAUUCUUAAAGCAAGAAUCAGGCCAAAUACAUUAAGGUGAAAAGGGACAUGAUAAGUAAAAUAUAACUGGUAUAUUAAGAAGCAGAUAGUAAGAAGUAAAAUGCGUACGUUAGAGAUAAAGUGAAUGAUUCUUAGACGAUGAAAUAUUUAGCAAGGCCAUUGCUUUGGUGUUUACUCAGGAAGAGAAUGCUGAUUAAGUAAUAGUAGAAGUGGAGGUUUACAGGUAAUGGAUCAGGUGAAAAUUGGGAAGGAGAUGGUACUGAAACAACUGGACAUUUUCAGAGUGGGUCAGUCAUCUAGACCAGCUGAUUUUGAUUUUAGUGUGGGUGGAGAUAGUGGAAAUGCAGUCUAUAUUCUUCCCCUCUUCCCUAGCUAUGGGAGAGGCAUUAGAGUUUUGAAAAGUGGCAAAAGUGGCACACUCAAUUCAAGAAAGUUAGUGAGGACAUUCCAAGUAAGUACAGACUGAUCAGUUUUACACGAAUGACAAAUAAAAGUUUAGAAGUAAUAGUCAGGAACUAAAAAAAAACAAGCAUUACGAGGGUCUGAUGUUGCUGGGGAUGGUGUGUUCAGAAGAGGGAUAUUUGAUCUUCUGGAAAUAUACAAAAUAAUGAAGGGGUUUCACAAAGUACAUACAGAGUGAAUAUUUCCCCAUGAUGGAAUCUCAAGAAAGGGAAUAUAGUUGCAGAAUAAGGGUUCAGCUAUUUCAGAUGGAACUGAGAAUGAUCACGAAUUCUUACAAAGUUUCUACUCAGAGAAAUGUAAGGUAAUACUGACAUGUCUGAUCCCUAAGCAAGAUUAGAAUAUUCUAUUAGAACUGGAAUCUCAGAUUUCUUUUGAAUUUUAUGACAGGCAACAUUUUCUUUGGUUACAGCAACACUGUUGAUGAAAGAUCAAUUCAGUUUUAUAUUUAAUUGCAUGAGGGAUUUGCUCUUUUCAUUAAAAGCACACCCUUCUGCAAAUGUAGGCUUUCUUUCUUUGCUAUACUUGACAAAUGAUAUUUUAUUUACUUACGUCUUGAUUGAGAUGAAGAUUUAAGUCAAAUUUGAAUUUUGUUUUGUGGAAGAGUGCACUGCAUUUGAUUCUACUCACAAUUCCUCAGACAAUAUCUGCGUUUGAAGCAAGAGCUGGAAAGCAUUCAGUCUUGUAUUGAUAAGUAGCAAGUAAUCAUGUCAUAUGAAUGCCAGGCAAUAAUCAUCUGCAAUGAGAUGAAAUUUAAGCUUCCAUUUGUUAACUGUUUCAUUUUAAUGGUUAUAUCAAUUCUCUUUAAUUAUACGUUGUGAUGUGCAAGAAAUGGGAAUUCACUUUUCCUCCUAUUAUUGGGAACAAUCAGAAGAUGCAUAUUUGUAAUGGAAAUCUCUCCAAAUAAAUGCUAUAACAUUGUGUAAAAAUUGGCUUCUGUU